AUGGUGUCAGGACACCUUUUUAUCGAUUUCGAUGAAACUGUUCUCGAAUGGAACUCAAUUUAUUGCUGCCUCAGCUCCCGAGCUCCUCCUCGUGACGAUUUAUUCCUCCCACCCAACUUCGAUCCUGAUAAAAUCACGUGCUACUGUUGAUCAUAUACCCAGGACUUGACGUAUCAUGGUUACAGUAGUACGUGAUGGUGUCAGGACACCUUUCUAUUCCCCUGUAAUCGAAGUUUUUUGUCACAGGAAUGGUCCCAGAUAUACAGCGCUGGCGUGUAUACUGGUUCUAUUUUUGUGACAAAUUCUUUGAAUUUUCUUAUUCCUGGUACUUCUGACAUACUGGAGCUGUUCGUAUUACUGCAACUAAAGAUCUAUUCUCUACCCCGAGUCCCAAGAUAAGAAGUUUUUUUGUCACAGGAAUUAUCUUGGGUAUACAGCGCUGGCAUGUGUCGCAAGCCAAUUUCUGUGACAAAUCCUUCGAAUUUCCUAUUCUUCCUCUUUAAAACUGGAACUAUUCCCCUUAUUCUGGAUUCUGACGUCUUCUGAAAUCCCUGCUGCAGUAUACUCCGAACUCUGCUACGCUCACAUGAUACCGUCCCGGAAAACUCCAAAGAAUGAGUCUUCCGGCUCGAUAUCGUGUGAGUGUGCCAGAUGACAAUUUUAUUCACGGCACUUCUGAAGUAUUCUGAAAGCUGUUUAUAUUACUGUAUCUGAUCUACCUAUUAAGUUAUAUUACUGUAUCUGGCCUACCUAUUCAGUUAUAUUACUGUAUCUGAUUUACUUAUUCAGUUAUAUUACUGUAUCUGAUCUACCUAUUCACUACCCUGAAUCCCAGCAUAAGAAGUUUUUUGUCACAGGAAUGAUCUUGGGUAUACAGCGCUGGCUUGUAUCCCAAGCCCAUUACUGUGACAAACCCUUCGAUUUCCUUCUGUGCAACGACAACACGAGCAAUUAUUAGUUCCAGGUAUGGUGUGAGAAAAAACGACGUCUUCUUAUCAUUUUCAGGGGAGCCAAGUCUCAAGAAGCAGUGUAAAGCUGAAACCACUCGUUACAUACCCGGGGACGAUGGUCAAAUCCGAAGGUGACUUAAAAAAAAUUAUUAAAAGACUUGUGACCAUUUUUUCAGGGAAAUCGGGUCCCCCAUUCUGGCUGAAUCUCAUCAGGAUCCUUCUCCAUUGAUAGGUGAGAUGUGAAGAAAAAAACAAUAAUACUUGGUUUAUCAUUUUCAGUGCAACGAGAGGUCAUCAGAAGAUCCAAAGACAAGAAAAAAAUCAAAUUCUGAAGCUUGUCAUUUCUGAGACGAUCAUCAACCCCCAUUAAAAGGAAGAACCGAAGGUUCCCUCUCUUAUUUUUGCCACCCCCCUCUCCGUUUUCACCACACAAAACAAGGUUUUUUGAUCCAAAAUGCAUUCUGUUCUUACACCUUUCUGGCCUGUGGAGCAGCGUGCAUUUUGAGACAAAUCCCUUGAUUUUUCCUCGUCUUUUCAGAUAUUGAAUAUCAAGCGGCAAACCCCGCCCCUACAACGCUCUCUGUUUGGUUUGAUCAACGCAUAAGGGGCGGAGUUAGAUCACUGACUUGGCAUUCAGAAUCUGAACAGACUAUACCUGUGUCAGGAUGAAGACUACGGUAAUUAAAAGUGAUCUACGAAUUUUCGUGGAGCAAGACUAUACGAUGCUUGCAAUCCGGAAUAUCAACAUUCUUGAACAGUCCCUUUUUCUCGAGUUAUUCAUUCAAAUUCCUGCCACAGCCACAUGAUUUGGUGAGCUUCACUUCUCGAAAGCUUAGUUAAGCUCACCUAAUUAUGUGAUAGUGUCAGGAUAAAUUUUUAUUCAAGCUGCUGAUCUGGUUUAUUCUCUACUGCUAUUCUGUGAGACCCAUCCGCAGUAUUCCCCGAACCUCACUACCAUUUGUUCCGUCCGCUGAAGCACCAUUUGGCCGGAACGAAAAACCUCAAAUCCGACGUCGCGGACUUCUUCAAGUCGCAGCCCCCGGAGUUCUGGGCAAAGGACGUCGGCGACCUGCCCAACCGAUGGGCCACUGUCGUGGAUCACUGUGGUGAUUAUAUUGUUGAUUAG